UGCACUAAGCGACAUACAGUCCAAGUGGAAAGAAGUUAAAGUGUGUUUAUCAUAUUUGUGCUCGGACUGAUUCCAAUAAGUGAGGAAUCAAAGGACGGGAAAUUAAAUAGUUGCAUGGAUGCGGUGCGAAACAAAAGUUAGAAGUUAAAUUACAGUUGAAGGGUGACUUGCCACGAAUACUGCUGGAUACGAUAAUACAAUUUACAGCAAUUUGUGAACUAGUGCAUGUGUGCCCGAUGAGCGAGAGGGUUUCUUGAAAUCAAAAGCAAAUACAGUGCUGGUGUAUUAUUUGUGUUUUCAUCAUUCAUUCAAUCGUUCAAUCGUAGCCAAGUGCAGCGCAUGUGCAAGGAGACGAUAUCUAAACCAAAGAUAUAUAUAAAAACAAAAAGGAGUAAUAAGCGGUUAAAGAGUGCGCAAGGAGAGCUGCGAACAAGAAUUCAAAAGGCACGAUAGGGAGAAAGAGAACGCAACGAAAGUGGAAGAAAGCAACCAAAAAGUAUUUGUAGGUACGAAAAAAUUGUAUGUAAAUAGAAUUUAUCCGGUACAUUGUGAAUACAAAAACAAAGUAGCAACAACUCAACGAGACAACCUAACCAGAGUCAAGUGCAUAUCGAUUUGUUUAUGAGAAUUUGCUUCGUAGUGUUUUGAUUUUUGUUACUUUUGUGGUGCUCCAGCAACUACACAUAAUUGUGCUUCGCGUUUUUGAUUCCAAUUUUAUUUCCCUACUACUGAUGGAGUGAGAUAUUUUUUUAGAUAUAUUCAGUGUGUUGGACGACAGCCUAAUAGCAGAAUUAACAGUAAUUCUCCGAUCGACGGCGUUUCAAUUGAAGGACAUACCAAAAAUUCCAAAAAAAUCUCAUUUCCACUCACCACCGAAAUGUUUCAACACCUAGGAGGCUCAGCAGUUGCAUCAAUUUCGACCAUUUUGUCAAUAUGUUUCCUAAUCAGCACAUUGAGUAUCGAUUGCACAAAUUCGGAGGUCUACACGGCCCUGGCAGAGAUGGAGGAACUUCUUGAGACUGAAUCGGUAUUAAUAACGAAUUUAGAGGGAUAUCUUAAGGUGCAACAACAAAAGUUGGACUACCUCAAAAAUAAACUGGGCGAAUACCAAAGAGAGCACGAGGAUGCAGCCACGGAUAUGCCCGCCUACGUCUCAAAUCCAAUUAACGCAUAUCUUUUGACGAAGCGACUGACCACCGACUGGCGGCAGGUGGAGAAUUUAAUGGCCCAUGAUGUUGGAAUCGAAUUCUUGAAUAAUAUUACGAACUACCGCCAUAUAUUGAAAUUCCCAUCCGAUGAAGAUUUGAAUGGAGCGGCUGUCGCGUUAAUGCGAUUGCAGGACACGUACAAACUGGACACAUCGAGUGUGGCUCGUGGCAUGCUCAAUGGCAUACAGUACAGUACGGAAAUGUCUUCAGAUGAUUGCUUUGAGUUGGGUCGUCAAUCGUAUGUCAAUCACGACUAUUACCACACUGUCCUAUGGAUGAAUGAGGCAAUGACACGACUCCAAGAGGAACCUCAAAAUCAAACGCAAAGUUUCACACGCGCCGACAUUUUGGAAUAUCUCGCCUUUUCCACAUACAAACAAGGCAACGUCGAAAGAGCCCUUACAAUGACUAAUGAACUUUUGGAACUAACGCCCGACCACGAACGCGCCAGAGGCAAUAAGGUGUUUUACGAAAAGGAGAUUGCCGAACUCCAAGCUGAACGCAAAGUCAAAGGCGACGAUGGCAGCGAGAGCACGCCGGUUUCGGAUUUGCCCAUUGCCAAGGGAGAUCCCAGCGUAUACACCUUCAGCGAACGCAAAGCGUAUGAAAUGCUUUGCCGUGGCGAAUUGAAACCGUCACCAGCGGAUUUGCGACCAUUGCGCUGCCGCUACGUCAACAAUAAUGUGCCCUUCUUGCGCUUAGGACCACUCAAACUUGAGGAAGCCUACUUGGACCCCUACAUUGUAAUCUACCAUGACGUGAUGCAGGACAAUGAAAUAGAAUUGAUAAAGAAAAUGGCACGACCACGAUUCCGUCGUGCUACCGUGCAGAACGCAGUGACGGGCGAAUUAGAAACGGCCAAUUACCGGAUCAGUAAAUCGGCAUGGAUACGCACCGAGGAGCAUAAGAUCGUUGAAAAUAUUGUGCAACGCACGGAAGAUAUGACGGGAUUGGACAUGACUGUAGCUGAAGAAUUGCAGGUGGUAAAUUAUGGCAUUGGUGGGCACUAUGAGCCGCACUUUGAUUUUGCGAGGAAAGAUGAAAUUCGCGCCUUCCAAGGACUCAAUACUGGCAACCGCAUCGCGACAGUGCUCUUCUAUAUGAGCGACGUGGAGCAGGGUGGUGCCACAGUCUUUACAAACCUCCGCAUUGCCGUAUGGCCCAAGAAAGGCUCAGCUGCUUUUUGGUACAAUCUGCAUAGAUCCGGAGAAGGGGAUUUCAGAACGCGCCAUGCGGCUUGUCCAGUUCUCACUGGCUCUAAGUGGGUCUCUAACAAAUGGAUUCAUGAACGCAAUCAAGAAUUCCGUCGACCUUGCGGCCUUACACCUGACCAUGGCGAAUUUGCAAUUUAGUGCAAUAAUAGAAACAAAGUAACAAAUGGACAAUACAACUUUCUUUCACUUGCGACAGAGACUUGAUACUUCAUGGACGUAGUUGAAAAUUAACAAGGAUUCAAUACAAAAUCGCAAAUUUCCGAGGACCUACAUUUCCGUUUUAUGUUCACACAUUGGCCCGUUCGGGAAACUUUACCAUACUCAUAAGUUUCUGUCAUGCGCUCGUUAGAUUAUCCGAAUUUAAAUUGAAUAUGGCAACCAUAUGUACUUUUUCACAAGCAGCAACUUACUCUAUAAAAAGUUUCUUCUUGGAAAUUUGAUCUGCCAUUUUGUAAAUGCCGAAUUAGUGAAUUUAAAUUUUAUAAUUAUUAAGUAAUUUUUUUCUACUUAUAAUUGUAUGUAUGUAUUUAGUUUCUUAUGAAAAUUUUUUAAAUUAUGUAAAUAAAAAAUGAAUUUACUCA